GUUGUCCGGCAGCCAGUCUAGUGCGCUGUUUGCAAAUAACCUGAGCUGAGCGCUGCGAAGGAGAGAGAGAGAGAGAGAGAGGAGAAGGAAGUGGAGCACUGACGGAGGGGACUGCUGCUCAAAACAAGCCAACGUUUGCAUUGCAGAGGGACCGCUCUUUAUUGCUCUCACUGACUAAAUAUUUAAAGCGCGGGUGUAGAGAUCGCUCGUUUUUUGUUUUUGUUUUGUUUUUUUUCUUCCCCCCACACCCCCCCUUUUCUCCCAAGACGAACAAGUUCGGGGAAGAAAAAUGGAUGUUUUACCGAUGUGUAGUAUUUUUCAAGAACUUCAAAUAGUUCACGACACGGGCUAUUUCUCAGCCUUACCAUCCCUGGAGGAGUACUGGCAGCAGACUUGCUUGGAGUUGGAGCGCUACCUACAGAGCGAGCCCUACGUCUCCACGUCCGAGUUGAAGUUCGGGGGCCAGGAGGACCUGUGGAGCAAGCUGAUCCUGGCCUGUGGGGACAAGGCCAAGGCCGAGUCGGAGCCAAGCCUGGCCCCGGCCCACGAGGAGGACAAUCAGGACAGCCAGAUCUUGGACAGCAACAGCGUGAACUCUGACGCCAGCAGCGAGGCUUCGGACAGUUUCGAGGAGCUCUCCCCCACGCACAGCUUUACCUCCAACCCCUUGGGGUCCGUCUUGGUCGGCUCUGGACCUUUUAGCCCCUCGGUCAUCAGUACUCCCCCGUCGUCCCCGGAGGCCGGCGUCGGCAUGGCCGCCGGCGUCAACGGCUGGGUGGCCACGCACGCCGGGCUGAGCGUGCCGGUCAAAAUCAGGACCGGUGGCGGGGUUGGGGGCGCGGCGGCGAAGGCCGCGGAAAAGACUGGAUCCCUGUGCGGGGACGCGUCCCCGGACGCCCGGAGGCGGGUACACCGGUGUCACUUCAACGGCUGUCGUAAGGUUUACACGAAGAGCUCGCACCUGAAGGCACACCAGCGCACUCACACAGGUGAGAAGCCGUACAGGUGUUCGUGGGAGGGCUGCGAGUGGCGCUUUGCACGGAGCGAUGAGCUGACCAGACACUUCAGGAAGCACACAGGGGCCAAGCCAUUCAAAUGCAAUCACUGUGACAGAUGUUUCUCCAGGUCUGACCAUCUGGCUCUUCACAUGAAGAGGCACGUCUAACGCAGGGCCGGCAUCCACCGGGCAACGCAGCGAAGGGGAAAUCCUUUCUCUCUGUUUUUUUUUUUUUUUUUUUUCUUAGCUUUUAUUUUUAUUUUUUUUUUGGUGAAGAGAGGGGAAGGAAAAAAAAAAAUCCAAACGCACGCCAUCUCCCAACCGGUCUCUUGGUUGAACUGUCCCAGAGAGCAGUGUGGCGAGGAGAGGAGG